AUGCGUGACCAACAGGCAGCCAAUUGCAACCCCUAUAAAAAGGAAGAAUGCGUGGACUCAGAUGAUGUUCCCGGGGCUCCUGCCGGCUGGAAGGCGUGCUUCUGCAAGACGGACCUGUGCAACGGCGCCAUCUCGAUCCUGCUCUCCGCUCGCGUCUCCUUUCUCGUCCUCCUCCCUUUUCUCUCCGUCGGCCGUCUCCUAUUUCUCUGAAUGAAUUCCGCCAUUCGACUCAAUAAAACAUGCAUUGUCUGCGGCA